AGUGGAUCUUGUGAGCUGAAUCGACCAACACCUUUUUUUCUGUGUAUUCGCAGCAACGAGUGUAUUGCUGAUUUUUGGUUAUUUCGUGCACACAACAGUAGUUCGUAAAACGUGUAGCGGCGUGCAUUAAGCGCUGCCUCUGUGUGUCUUUUUGUUUUUGAAUUCACCAAGAAGUGCUUCUUCUUCGCGGUGUAUUUUCUGUUUCUUUACACAUCGUGAGCGCCAAUUUACCCCAUUGUUGCGUUCUUAAAACAACGCCAAACGCACACACCGACUACAUUACCAAAAAAAAAAUUGCAGCAAAUAUUUUUCGUAUAAUUUGGUUAUUACUCGUCUUGUGACUUGUUAUUUGGAUGAUUUGCGAGUUGUGCCGACGACAACGACCACGACCACGAUUUACAUGUAUCAUCAUCGUUUGUGUUCUGCUUUCUGUGCUUUUUUGCGGCGUAUUUGGUUCGUGUUUCGUUUGUUUAUAUAUAGUUGCUUAAUUGUGAUUCAUCAUCAAUUUUUGGCAUUCAGUUUUGUUGACGGAAUCACAGCGACGACGACAACGGUGUGGUUCUUGGUUAAUUUUCGGCGCUUCCAACCAAUUGUGACCACCAAUUUGUUUUCUCUUUUUUCGGUGUACGUUGGUGUUCUGUAUCACAAUUUCGACAAGUCUUGCACGAAAACGUGGUCAAUUGCAGUCAGUGGACUUUAAAACUUUAAAACCGAGAAUUACGUCAAAACCGAACGUUGGUGCUUCAGGUGAAAAGAGCGGUGUUUGCGUGCGUAAAAACAAAAAGUACAAACCCGAAAUUUGUGGCCGUCUUUGAUGAUUGCGUGCUAAUAAUAAGUGCGCGUAAAAUACACAUCACUGGCAUUCAAUUCAUGUCAUACAUUUUUUCGGUUCUUCAUUGUCUCUCAUUUCAUUGGAAACACGGUGUGUGUGUGUAUGUGCAUUUUGAUUGAAAUUGGUACAGACCUUGAACAAAACUCAACUCGUUUUUGUUGUUUUUCUUCAGUGGUCCAGCCGAUAAGAUUGCGCGUGCGCUUGAAGGAACAUCGAAUUAAGUGGAAUAUCAUGAAUAUGAAUAGCGUAUCGAAGACAACGUAAGCGGCAUACGAAAAAAAAAUAAACUGCAUAAUUUGUUGACGAUCAAAACUACGAAAGCGAGAGAAGAAAAUCAGCAUAUACAAGCAUGCUGAAAACUUGCUAGUGAAUUCGUUAACUGAGAGAAGAAAAAAUUAAUUUCGUGGCAAUGUUGUUUUAUGUGGCGGCUUUCAUCAAUCAGUGAUUAUUAUAUUGUUAAUUGGAUGUGAUGUUCUCUCUUCUCGCAUCUCCUUUGCUUGUUAUGUCUGUGUGUUUUUUUAUCGCCUGAUUGAAACCGAGUGAUUGCUGAAUGCGAACAAUUCGGAAAUUGUUGAUUUGUGUAAAUUUUCGCGCAUGAUAUAAAUACACCGGAAACAUUCGAUUAAAAUUCAAUUUGUAAACAGUGAAAAAUGAAGUGAAACACUGUAACUUACAAUCUUUGUCUGCCAAUUGCAAAAUUAUAACAGUGAAAAAAAACCUAUCUCUACUAACGGGAAAGUAGUGUUAAAGCAACACAAAACAUUCGUCGACGUUGCCCAGAGUGCGAAUAAAAAGCGCAGACAAGAGAGGGAAAAAAAACAAGAAGAAGAAUGAACCGAUAAUCAGAUUUUAAGUGGGAAAAAAGUGUGUAUGGACUUUGCUUAUGGUAGAAAAAUCGAAAAUUAAUUAACAACCGUUCAUUUUCCAUUUGGUGUUGAUAAUUAAAAAGAAAUGAAGAGAGAUUAACGUUUCUUGAUGCGAACAACGAUACCAAAUGAAUGAUGGAGCUGAUUCUAUCAAAACGAUCGCAAAAAGAGCGAAGCAAGCUGAAGAAACAACACACUGAACUAACAAGGCUAUCGAAGCUAUUGCCAGACGAUCUAUACAAAACAAUUACGCGAAAAUCACGAUGCUAUCGUGAGGAACGAACGAAUAAACGACCACAGUAUCGUCAUCGUAGUGCUGAUAACGGUAUCAAAUGCACUUUAUCAACCUCUUCGUCGAGCUCUUCAUUAGGAUCAAUUGCAUCGAUUUCCGUAUCAUCGCAAUCAACCGGAGAAAUGAGCGAUGAUGAAUCACUGUCUAUCGAUUCGGAUGAUGAAAUUCCGAUCUGGGUGCAUGGUGAACAGCGUUGGAUUUCAGGCAUCACCAAUGAAACGACAUGUGGCCAAUUGGUCGAGGCACUGCUGCAGAACGAGGGCAUCAAUGGUGAACCGAUAAGUGGCACAACAACGACCGCUGAACAUCAAUACGCUAUCACCGAACGAUGGAGACGCGUUGAACAAAUGCUCGACAAUAAAACGAAAAUCCUGAAGAUUUGGAAGGCAUGGGGACAAACCAAAUCAGAGGUUCGAUUGACGUUACGUCGACUUGACUCGCAUAAUAUACGCAGUCGUUCACAUCACGUUGAUUAUGACAGCGGAAGAGAGAGUCCAAUAUCACGAGCGGACAGUGCGAUUGUUCGUCGGCGUCGGCAUCGUACAGCAAAGACGUCAAAGAAUGCCAAAACCGUUCAUCCGAAAUCGUCAAAAGCGUCCAUUGAGAAAUUAAUGAAAUUAAUACUGGAACAAGGUGAAACUAUCCAACAUCAAUUAUCCAAAUUGAGAGACCGGGAGCAUGAGAUUGCCGAGUACGAGGAUGACCAUCAUCGCACGCACCGUCGUCACGCUGAAAAUAAAAUGGGUAAAAAUUAUUUGCUCGAAACAUAUUUGAAUGGUUUGUACAAGGUUGGUGGCACAGAAGCUGACGGAGGAGCUGUUGGAAACGAAGAGUGUGGUGAGAAGAACAAUAACAACGGUGCCAACGGCAUCAUCGAUGAUGAAAUCGAUAAAGCAAUAACGACACCUGGAAACAGCGACAGCGGCGUAAAUACCGAAGAUAUUGCAACAUCGCCCGCUCUUUCAUCUCCAUUAACAAAUGGCAGCAGCUCAAGCAGCACCGAUAACAACAAUGAUGGAAAGAGCACCGGCAUCGCAAAGACCAAAAUAAUGGAUACGAAAUCAUUGAAGGAUAUUUGUAAACGUCUAACGACGAAGAAAGGGAAAAAAGAGAAAAAGCAAUCAGCAAUGAAAUUGGCAGAGGGGGCAACAAGUCGUGAGGCAAAACUAAUAGCCGAGCACGAGAGUCGCAAGGAAUUUUGUGCGAAAAUGGAGAAGUCGCAUGAAGAUAAGGUAAACAGUACGGGAGUUGAUGCUGCCGCCACCAACGACACUAUCGUCGCCGCCACCGAUUCUGACAAUGCACGUAAACCGCUAAAUGUAAAUGAGCAUUUAGCGGGACAAAUUGAACUGCUCGAGAAGGUGAUUGCGAUCAAUAAACACAUUCAACGAGAGGAAGAGCUGUUGGUGCGAUUAAAUGCGAAAAUUCGUAAAUAUGAAGUCGAUGAUCCGAGUUUGAGUGAAGUCGAAAUGCGAAAAGUACUCGACCAAAUUAACUCAAACAUUGAGAACAGUAAUACGGAGCUGGUGAAAACGGAACACGAACUGAAUGAAUCGCAACGAAUGCUAAUGACAAAAUCGCAAAUCGUUAAAGAGUUGAGCAAAGAACUGGAAACGCUCGAGAUUGAUGGUUGUACAAACCAGAACGUAAUUCAGGUGCCCAGCCAUCAAAUACAAAUUCACAGCAGUAACGUGGACGAAUUUCAAGAAAUGCAACAAAACACAUCACAACAGCAACCAACACCUGUGCCUUCGGCACAUCCAUCGCCUGAAACAAAUCAAAUGCCAACGGUGGCAAUUCCCAGUAACUCCAUGCGAACUGGCACACUACCAAAACUAAUUUCAUCCGUUCUUAAGAAAAACACACCAAUCAAUGCGAAAAACACCUACUCCGGCACCAUACCAAAAACUCAACAGCGAACCACCACCGUGUGCAAUCAAAUACAGUCAGCGGCACCGCCACCACCACCGCCGAAUGUUGAACGAACGAUGGUCCCCGUUCCGAUGCCAUCGAACGCUGUAUUUGUUGCCAAAAAUCAAUCGUUUCUUGUGCCCGAUCACGUAAUACUCAGCCAGGCUCCGUUAUUCUUCCAAAAGGAUACAUUUAAUGGCGAUUUUAUGCAAUCAACCGACCAAAGAAAUAUCAACAACAACAACAACACCACCACCACCAACAACAACAACAACAUUAACGCUAACAACAACAUCUAUUCAAACCGCACCAUUAGUAAUUUAACUAGCAGCAAUAGCAUUAAUCUCAACCAUAAUGUGAAUAUCAAUCCAUCGGCGAUGGCGAAUUGCGCAAAAGUCGGACCAAAGAAACUGAUAAAUGGCUUUUAUAAAGAUGCAGACUCCUCUGACACGGGGCUCAGUUCGCUCGGUGAAGAUGGCCUAUUGCAUAUUGGCACACUUGUUUGAGACUUGUCAUCUAAUUCAAUACUUUAUUUAUAACAUACAAAUAAUUUCACAAUAACAGGCGAAAUGAGAGAUGAGCAAUAGCAGCGUGGGUUUUAUUCGAUUUUUAUGGAUCGCCAAAUCCAAUGUUGCUGCUGAUGUUGCUCCAAUAAAUUUUUAUAUUUGCGUUGUUAUUAAGUGAUAAAACAAUAAGUCUUUGAUCAUAUAUAUAUCAGACAAUAUUGGAAUUUAAUGGAGUGAGAGAAUGGUUUUUUCUUCUUCUUCAUUUGAACAAAGAAAAUAUGCAUCAACGCCCGUUCCAAGGCUGAUCAUUGUUAUACUUUAUACAUUUAAGUUGGAUAGUUUUAUGCAAAAGUUACGAAGACACAUUUUCUGUUGAAGAUCCAAUGAAAAUCGAUGUAUGGAACAUUAUUAUUUGAUUAAUAAAUGCACUUUUUGAUAAAAA